UGGGAGAUCGAGCCUGUUAAAGCUGUGAAUGGUUUGAAAAAAUUGAAAUUUAAAAUUUUACGGAUUUUUGAUUUUUAAACGAUUUUAGGAUUUUAAAUUUCAACAAAUUUUUUAAAAUUUGAAUUUCAACGAAAUUUUAGAUUUUAAAUUUCAACGAAUUUUUUAAUCUCAAUAACAGCAGUUAGCAUCAAAUAUAUUCAUAAUUCUUUCAACCUUCAAUCACUAAUUAGAACAAUCUUCUAAGAAAUUUGAAAAUUCACUACGAUACUCAAAAUGCGGUCAAGAUCAAUCCAAUCGACAUUGGCUAUCAUAGUUGUAACACUCCAUCAUCACUAAAUAGAGCAAGAGCAUAUAAAUUAUAAGUAGCUUCUCCCAAAAGUGAAAUUAAUCAUCACAAAAAUCAAAUAAGCAACAUGAUGCAAACCCUAGUCAAACACAUGUUUUUAAACAAAUUCCUCUCUACAUGAAAUCAAGUAACGAGGACAUUCAACUAUUCGAAGCAUAAUAAAUAAAUCAACAGAAAAUUUUUAUGUAGUUUUUUGAGGAAAUCAAUCAAAAGAAAAAUAACAAGAAUCAAUAGACGAGUUAAUCACAUACAGUGACUGACUUUAAACUGUGUAGUGUGAGAACUUCAUAGUGGGGGAGUUAUUGCUCUUUAGUAUUUUAGCUACAUUCAAAGAGUUCAGACGUCUUUUAAGCGCUGAUUGUGAAUGAAAUAAAUUGUGUCUGAUUAAAAGCAAUUAAGUGCAUUGCGAAAUGGACCGAACAAGUCGGGAAAAUGUCAUCAAAAUUAAAGAGUUCCUCGAAGAUAUCUACAUGUAUUUGAAUAACAACAUAAAGUCACACAAUUCGGACGAUGAGCAACAGAAACAGCAUCAAGAAGAAGAAGAAGACGAACGUCAAAGGCAUGAAACGAAACGAAGAGAGCUAAUUGAAAACUGUAAACACAUACGGACUAUAUUUGAGAAUGACUUUUUUCAUCCCCACGAUGUUGACUCAACAAUUUCGUAUUUAGACAUGAAUGGUUCUGCUAAAAACCGAAUUAAGAGCAGCAUUUCCGAUGAAAACGAAAUUGGUAUGUAUGUAUGGCUAUAAGCAAUACUAAUUACUGGGUUCGUUCGCUUAUGACGUCUAGUUUUAAUUUGGGAGGGGUCUUAGACAUAAAUACACACUUAGUGCCAAAACUAGAGCUAAAACUUAAUUUUUAAGCAGACUUAACUUACGAACAGCCUGAAAACUAAUUAAAAAUUCAAACUUUAUGGCACUGCCUUCUUUCAGAAUCAUCAAAAGAGGAAUAUGUCGAUAUGAGCCACAGAAAGUCGUCAAACAGUCGAGUAUCCGAAAAUCCAUACAAUAUUUAUGAAGCAGCAAUAAGUUUAAGUAAUCAAGAUUCAGAGAAAUGUCCAUUUACGGGAUUACCAGCAGUGCAUUUAAAGCUAAUGUGCUCACCCCUCGCAGGUCUAUUAACGAGAAUCGAAAGAAAACUCUUUUUUGGACAGUCAAAGGAUUUCUAUGCUGGAAUUUUAGAUAAAUGGAUUUUAUUAUAUCCCAGUAAAUCCAAUGAUAUGGCACCAUCCGAAUAUUUCUAUCCAAAACGUCUCGUAAAUGUUAAAGGCGAGAAUCAAUUUAUUAUAGUCACUAACAAUGAUAAACGAUAUCAUUUCCAAGCACCUAAUAGUCAUGAGUACAGUGAAUGGAUUGAAAAUAUCAAUAAAAUUCUUGAAGACAGUCAUAGUGGAAGGGCGAGGGAGUCACAAAUAAUACCACAAUUGUUAUCAACAAGAAAGCUCCCAUUGCCGCCACCUCCAACAAAAGAAGACGAUAAGAAAGAGAACAAUGAUGAUAUUGAAAAUUAUUAUUCAUUCAGUGGAGCUUCACAAAGUAUUAAUAGCAAUGAGGAAAGGCUUUAUGAAGAGCCAUGUUCAACGUCAAUCGAAGACAAUGAAUCACCGCCAAAAUUGCCAAGGAAAAUAGGCAAGAAAAUUAUUGAGGAAGAUGAGGUCGACCACGAGUAUGACACGCCAAAGUCAACAAAAUCAUUUGACGAGACAAAGGAUGUUAAAGACGUUGAGAACGUGCCUCCACAACAUAAUGACACUUCACCAAAUAUUCCACGUGUUAAAGUCAGUGAAAUGACUGCUAUAUUAUCAGGAUUCAAUUUAGUUUCACCUGAGGAAAAACUCCGAUCGAGCAACAUGAUAAGAAAUCGAAAAGCUUUAAGUAUUGAGCCGACUGAUGUUAUUGAGAGCCAUAAAAGAAAAUCUCCAGUUAAAAAAUGGUUUAGGGAAACAAUCAUGCGUAGCAAAAGAUAUUCUCAGAAGGAAAAGACAUCACCGGUUAUCGAGGAAGCAGAUGAGGAAAUGAAUAAAGUUGUUACAAGUGUAAAAGGUUCGAAAGUGAACAUGAUCAUAAAUCAAUUGGAAAAGAGUGGCCAACUAAAGGCAUUAAAAAAGGGACUCAAAUCUCGAAAGAGUUUAGUCUACGAUAAUAAUGAAGAGUACGAGACGGUCUGUGUAAAGAAUAAUGAAGUGAGCAAAUAAGGAGCUACUUACCAAGUAUGAGCACGUGGAUAAUUGUCAGGCGUUCCCCACUUCUCGAUUGUAAACAUUUGUGGUCCAUUGCUUCCAUAGAGCUCUUUGAAUCCAUUCAUCGGCACUCGAGAUGUUCCUGU